AUGGCAUUAUCGCAAUUGGUUGAAAAGUUGAAGUUCGGAGAAAAAUAUAUUUUAGCAAAUAUCGUCGUAAUGCCACUAGCUAAACAAAAGGCUGAUAAUGAUGAACUGAACGAGUAUAAACUGCCGGCGCGCAACAAAUUCCUUACGUUCGAUAUCUGGGAAUCGUUCGUUUACCGAAAGCUGUACGACUUGUUCCGCAAAAAGUUGAGCACUCAUGAUAAAGAGCCACAGUUUCAGCUAAAUACGGAAUACCAUAUGAUAUGUAACGAUCGUCCGUACCUACAGAUGAAGUAUGAGUUCCGGGACAAGCACUAUCGCAACAAUUUAAACAUUCUUUUCAAGGAAAAGUUUGCGAACUUGUACGACAUCUGCAUAUACGUGGAAAUCAGUGACCAUGGGAAAGCUAUUUUCGAUAAGGUAGAAAAUUUGGACCGAACGAUACAGUGCCUAUCGAAAGAGAUCGAGCAUAUAAAGCGGGAAAAUACGAACGUGACAUCCGAACCGGAUAAGCCAAAGCUUUCCAACCCCAAUCGUGUGGUGACAUCAGAAGUAGAAGAGUACCACCCCGAACCAGUGAGAAAGAGUGCACGAAACACGGACGAAGAAUAUGUUCCCGUUACUCGCAACGGCACAUCACCAGGCAUUAAACGUACUUACAAACCAUCGAAAAUAACGGAUGGUGGUCAACCGGUUCACUCGACGGAGCCUGAUCCCUACACACCACCAGGAACGACUGAUACGCCGAUUAAAAUUUCCUACACUCCAACAACUCCAAGUCCACAGAAUAAGUUAGACGUACGAAAAAUUCCCAUUGUCAAACCGCCGGUGGUCGAAAAAAGUCUUUUCGGAUCGGAUGACGACGAAGAGUAUGAUCCAACGAAGUCGAAAGUUUCUGCCGAACCACUGCAGGCGGCGAAGAACGAUAGUGGAAAAGACAUGUUUUCCGACAACGAUCAACCGAACUCGCCAAACGAAGACAUGGCCACUCAAAGUUCCACACCGCCAACGUAUGUGACGGGAAAGCGAGAAGUUUUACCAAGGAGCAGUAAACAAAAUUUACGCGGUACAAUGAUUGAAAGCCCGGAAGAGAAGGAAAAGCGAAAAGCAAAGGCAUUGAAAAAAAGCGGCCCUUCCGCAAAGCAGGAGGAGGAAAGUAUUAAUGCACUGCUGCAGCUGAAGAAGGUAAUUCGGAAAAAAGCUGCCCAACGGAAAGAAGCUUCGUUGAAGAAGCAGGGCAAAUUGGAGAAAAUCUCCGAAGUUGCCACAGAGAUGAAAAGACUGUCCAAGGUGGAAGUACUGGAUUGCGUCAGUUUGUCAAAGCAAGAAAUUCUGGACACAUUCCAAAAAUACAGUCACGAAUUGCACGACAUCUUUACACGCUACAAGGAUCAAACUGAGCGCCAGUGGAAGUCGUCCCCGGAGCUAUGUUACUUUACCGACAUUGGUAACAUAUUGGAUGAUGAGCAAAAGUUUGUAAUGAUGCAGCACCUGGAGGAUGAAUUUGUGUCGGAAAAGCAACGGGGCAAGUACACCGAGUUCUUCACUUCGACGCUGCUGAUGGAGUGGGGUUUACGAAUUUUUAUGGAACGACACAACUUCACCAGCCGCGAGUUGGCCUUAGAACGCAUUAAACAGCAGGAGAAGUCCUACAUCGCAUCCCUGUCGGACGAGUUCAUGGUGAAGUACCAUUAG